AUGCCAUCUUCAAAAGUUGAGACAGUCGUGGCAAGGGGAAGCAAGCGCACUGCAGAUGGCCAAAUCUGCAAGAGGAAUUCCCCAGUUGCUCCACGCCGCCGCUUGUACGGCAAGCAAUCUCUUGUGAAGUGGGAGCAGCAGAAGAGGAGAAAAGGCCAAGGUCCGGGAAACAAACACGGCAAAGGAAAGAAACCUAUGGUCUCUAUUUGGGACAAGGAGCAAAUCUUCAUGGCAUGGGAAGAGGCAAAAGAGGCUGGCAAUCCCAAUCCCAUUCGGGCUGUGGCCGAGCGCAAGAUGAACGGCUACUUCCCAGGAUGCCUGUACCCCAGCAAGUGGGGUAAGGUGAGACAUGACCAGCAUUGGCCUUUGCUCGUGAAGACAGCGCCGCAGCUUUGCAAGCGGCGUAAAGAGCUUCCGAACUCUUUGCGAAGCAUCUUGCAGAUCAAUGAGCUGAAGUAUGGAUCAGGCACCAGCGCAGAGAAAAGAUCUCAUCUCCCACCACCGCUGGAGGAGGCCAUUGAGAGCAUGCUCGUAGAGAGAAUUGGACUUGGCGAAGAAGUCACCAUGCACUUUGUCAAAAGCACUAUCCUGUUUGCUACUUCAAUCUGGAAUGAAUGCAUUGGGGAGGUGCGCAAGCUUGUUCGGGACCAUGGAUUGAAACUGCUAGAGAGGGAUGAUGCCAAGCUGGCCCAAAUGUCUCCAGAUGAAUUGGACCAGCACCUAGAACCUUUCUUUGAAGAAGCGGACAAGCUGCUGCAACCGAUACUCAUGACGGACAAAGACGGAGCAGUAUUGAAAAAAGCCCAGCGGCUAUGCAAUGCUUUCGGAAUUCGCCCUCGAUGCAAUGAAAAGCCUGGUGCUCACCUUGCCUAUGAACAUCCAGCACUCCAGCAGGUACGAACUUACAUACAGUCAAGGGCAAAGGCUGCUGAUUGCGACCCACGGCUCAUUGCCAAUUUUGAUCAAGUGUGGAGCUUGGUUUAUAGACCCCAAAAACGUAUCCUGCAGAAAGGCAGCUCAGCACCUAGCUUGGGAAGACAGGAUCCACACUCUAGCUCCAAGACCAUGCGUGUCAUCCGACACAAUUUGGAAAGGGUUCUCUGUUUGCCCAUCACCGAACAAGACCCAACCGCUUUGGUGGAGAAGACUUCCAUGAAGGCGCCCCAAGUCAGUGGGGGUGCUGCUGCAAGCUGCAUGGUGGAGAGCUGGAGGUUGCCACGGUCUGUGACAACCCUUUCCUUUAUGGAUGGACACAUGGGGCGCGGUUACAUCACCGUGCGUGUUGGAUCAUUGCCAGAGCACAAGCGCUCCAAGCUGAACCGAGAGCUCAACAAGUUUGAGUUCCGUACUCGCAGGGCACAGUUGGGCUUGUCCGCAUCUGCUCGUGGAAUUGUGAUGUAUGAUCAAGCAUCUGCUCACAUGUCCAAGUCCUUCUUGAAGGUGCAGCAGAAGUUCAUGGAACAGUACAAUAUAGAAGCUUGGCAUGCUGGGGAGCAGAAAAUCUAUUGGGUCCUGCAAAAAGAGACGGAGACUAGCAGAAUCCCUCUUCCUCUUUGGAUGAGCAGCAUUAUGGAGCUUCGGGUUUGCAAAUACAUUACGGACCUGCAGGCUUGGCAAACUAAGAUUGAGAAGCGGCACGCUGCUGGCAAGGCCCUGACCAAAGCCCAGGACAAGGCUUAUGAAGCGUGGAAGCAUUCUCUGGUGCAGCGAUUGGUGUUCUGCAAGAAACGGCAGAGUCUAGUCACUGAGGCCAGACACAUCAACAAGGACUGCAUUGCUUUGGACCUUCGCCUCAGCGAAGACCCAAAUCAUCUGAUGGUUUCUUCAGUCAAUGGCGAUGACUACAAGCUGGUAUUGCUCAAAGGCGGCGCUGUUGAAGGUCCGUGCAGAGCCUUGCCAAGUGAGUUAGAUUGCCCGCUUUCCAAGCAGCAGGUUGAAACCAUGCAAGCCGAGGAGGAGGAAAAUGCUGUGGAUUCCCAUGGUGAGCAGGGUGAGGAACAGAACUUGUGGGAUGAUGAAGCGGGUGAUCACAUGAUUGAGGACCAGCGCUAUGAGCAGGAGUGUCCUCAGAUUGAUCCAAAUGACUUCGCUGUGCUGGCAGAUAGUGAUGAAGAGCUUGAAGACAUUGAAUUUCCAGGCGACCGCCAUGUGUGCCUGCUUCCAAUGAGUGGAACUUGGGGUGGCCGGAGUCGUCUAUCAGAGGAGGAAUGCAUUCUGCAGGUCAUUCGCGGGAUACUCGAGAAUCAUCUACAGCAGUACCCCAAAGAUCGAUUAUGGAAAACCCAGCUCGACCGCGUGGUCAGUGCACAAUGCACAAAGGCGUUCUAG